UUACACACAUUAUAUUUCUACUUUGAUAGUAUAAUUUAAUAUUUUAAAACUUCUACAAAAUAAAAUUUAAAAAAUGCGUUAUCAUAAUACAUUAUUAUUAAUAUGUAUAUUUGUAUGUAUUAUGUCAGCAUUGGCCGGAAAAAAAAAAACGUGGCAAAGAUGUCGCAUCUUCAUCAAAAUCUGCUGAGAAUAAUAUUAGUAAUGAAGAAAAGAUGAUAGAAUAUAUUAAUAAGGUCAAUUUAAGUGACGAAAUCUACAUGAAUUCGUCAUCUACAGAGGAUAAUAUUAUUAACGAUGAUAAUAUGAAAGAAUACAUUGAUAAGAUCUUCGUUAAUAUAAAUAAAGCAAUUAAAGAGGUAUCGAUGUCAAAAAAGAUAGAUCAUUAUAUACCAGGAAUACGACCUACAAUUUUAAAGGAAGAUCAAAAUGUACCAGAAAUACGAUCUACACUUUUAAAGAAUGAUAAUAUUGAUGAGAAAAUUGAUUUGUUGACUAAAAUUUAUAAUGGAAUCACUUCAAAUGAUACAAAAAAAUUAACUAUUGACGAUUUGAAAUCAAUUUUUGCAUGUUUUAGUCAGGACAAUACUGAUGAGGAAUAUGAUAUUAUGAUGAAAAUACUUGACUCUAAAAAUGCUGGAAGAAAACAAAAUUUCUACACUCAUCAAUUUGUAGUUAAUGCAAACGAUGAAACAGGACUUGACAAAUUUUUGAGCCUAUUCAAAUUAAACAGUAUUCAAAUACAAAAAGAGGAAAUAUUGUCUACACGUAGUGCAGAAAAUAUCGAUUGUUUUAAGCGUUUAUCAAAUGGAAAGAAUUUUCUCGAUAUUAAUGAUGUAAAUCGUAUAUACAAAGUGGCAAAACGUUUGGGUGUUGAAUGUCAUGAUCCAGAUGAUGUAAAAAAAUUUAUCAAGCAAAAGCGCCGAAUAUAUUAUGAUGAAUUCAAUUAUGUAUUUAAAAAUAGUCCAAACCCAACCAUAAACGAAAGAAAAUGAUUUAAUAGUUGAGUUGAUGUUACAAAUUAUAACAAAAAAAAAUACAUUAACUUCGUACUGCAAAUAAUGAAAUACAUUUUAUUGUAUACUUUAAUGUACUAUCCAUCAUACUUUUAUUUUUAAAAUAAAAAUGCCGCAUAUUUUUGAUAAAAAAUAUUUUAGGUAAUAUCAGUUUAAUAAAAAUAAAUCAAACUCAA